AUGUAUUUCUUUAGAGGGGAAAUUUGUUCUUGGGCUUCAUCUCAAAGACGUAAUGAAGGUUGUUUGAUAAUUCUUCAUGCCCAAGUUGGCCAAAAAUGUGAUUUCCGAGGGACAUUAAAAAACAGUGUUACCAAAUUAGAAGCAUUAUUAGGUCUCCGAAGUGGUGGUCUCCCUGAAGCUCACCGAAAAAAAAAUUUUUUAGAUGCUCCCGACUUGUCAAUCACGAUGAGGGAUACUCUCUAUGCAUUUUUUAAUUAUAAUUCAAAUGCUCCUGACGAAGAAUUACAUAAGAUGUUUGUUUUUGGUGUCCAAUCUUGGGGUUGGGAAUAUCAAAUUGUUGCAAUGGAUUGCAAAGGAACAAAUAUCUGUCGAUAUGGAAAGCUAUCUACAAAAACACUUGGAAUCCUUGAAAAGUUCUUUGUUGAAAUGGAAAACAUAAAU